AUGCAGGGCGGCGGCGCGCCCGCCGCCGACGCCGAGCAGGCGCAGUUCGAGGCCGACAAACGUGCUGUAUACAAACAUCCACUCUUCCCUCUUCUGGCGUUACUGCUGGAAAGAUGCGAGCAGGCUACCGCUGGUGCGGAACCCCCCGCUGCGGAUGCCUUCGGCGCGGACCUUCAGGCGUUCGUGCAGCACCAGCGCCGCGACAGGCGGCCGUUCCUCGUCGACGACCCGGAAAUAGACGGCCUCAUGAUCAAAAGUAUACAGGUGUUAAGAAUUCACCUGCUGGAACUGGAGAAGGUGCAAGAGCUCUGUCGAGACUUCUGCGGACGGUACAUCGCCUGCCUCAAGACCAAGAUGCAGAGCGAGAACCUUUUAAGGACGGAUUACUCCUCAGGUGGCAUCGAGAGCAAUAACAACCUAUCGGGAACGAUGGAGGACCACUCGAGCACGUCCAACUCGCCUCAGUAUCAGUCUCCGCCGGCGCCAUUAGCAGCGGCCGCAUAUCCAGCCGUGUUCCCGUCGCAUCCCGCCGAGAUGCAUUACCCACCGCCACAACGCGACCCUGCGUCCAUGGUUGUCCAAGGUUCAACGCCAAUAAGUCAGAUCGGAGCCGGCAUGAUCACAGCGGAUUCCUUCACAGGAACGAACUCGAGCCAAUCGAACCUGUCGACGCAGUCCUGCUCAUCAGUGUCAGGGUCGCCUCCCCCCGAUGAAGAGGAGGAGGGCGGCAAGCGCGGCGUGCUGCCGCGCCAUGCCACGCAGGCCAUGCGCGCCUGGCUCUUCCAGCACCUCGUGCACCCGUACCCCACGGAGGAGGAGAAGCGGUCGCUGGCGGCGCAGACGCGGCUGACGCUGCUGCAGGUCAACAACUGGUUCAUCAACGCGCGCCGCCGCAUCCUGCAGCCAAUGCUCGACUGCGCCGACAAGCCCGGAGGAAAGAAAAGUAAAAACGGCUCGUCGAUAAGCAAAAGAUAUUGGCCAGAUGCACUUACCAACCCACAGUUUACUGCUGGCUUACUUUCUUCGUCUGAAGACGAGGAGCAAGAUGGCGAACAGUCGGGCGAGGAGCAGGAGGCGCAGGGCGAAGACACAAGCGAGCACACAAACUACCCCCCCAUUCAGCAACCGAUGCACUAG